AUGAGGCUAUUACGAGACUUCCGAAAUGUUCGAGUUACUACAUUUGCCCUCCUCCUUACUAUGGUCUUAAACUCUCUUUUCUGCGUUCUUCUGCUUCUCCCUAACGGAGUGAAUUCCCUCCCACGUCACGGCGGCCGGCCGAACUUUAACGACUGGGUGAAGUCGUACCGCCCCGACUUGGCAUCGCAUCAGUUCGACCCCAUCCGCAUCCGCGCUCCCAGACAGAUACCAGAGGAGUACCGGGACGUGCACAUCCCAUCGGAGGAGGAGCUGCAGAUGCUGGUGCAGUUUGGCCACGCGCACCAUGCCUCCUACUACUUCAACACCAAGCCCGCCGCUGCCAUGGCUGCUGCUGCUGAAGCCGCCGCAGGGGUGGGGGUUGGGGACCAGAAGCCUUAG